CAUUUCCUCCUGGGGGCCCCAAGCAAGUGUUCCAGUUGGAUUCCGAAGGAAGCAGUAGUGUUGGGCUGCUUGUAAUUAAAGACCUAGCAAAGCAUUCUCCUCUCAGCUCUACAGUAGAAAUAUUGUUCUUAUUUUUGGUCAGCAUAUACAUCAUGGGUUCUGCCUGAUUCCCUUGUUGCCGCCUGAAAUCCUAAAGCAGAUUUAGAUAAGAUCUUUCAGUGAAGUUGUAUAGCCUGGUCCCUUGCACUUUAACAAGGAACAACGCUAAUCACCAACUUAGUGCAGGUCACGAUGCAAGGAUUUGCUGCCUAGUAGUUGGACCUGAGAGUGGGAGCAAGAAACGCCGACUUUUGCUCUCCAUCCAAUUGGAGCAGAUCCCUGGGAAAACAGGGAACCUUGAAUAAGAGGGCGGCCUUCCUUAAUCCUGUUGGACAGCAGAGGGAGAUCGUAAACAAACGAAGCACAGAACCUCUGGCUCAGUGCCUGGAAGCAUACAUGUUGUGACAUGGAACAUAGCCUCUGCAGCACCCCCUUUAGACCUCAGUGAUCUGCUUCAGCUGAACAACCAGAACCUGAAUAUGGACAUGUAUGUUAUUGGUUUGCAGGAAAUGAACUGUGGAAUCAUGAGCCUCCUUUUUGACACUGCCUUUGAAGACCCGUGGAGCAGUUUCUUCAUGGAUGUGCUUUCCCCUCUGAGCUUUGUCAAGGUCUCCAGUGUCCGCAUGCAGGGGCUUCUCGUACUGGUCUUUGCCAAGCAUCAGCAUUUGCCCUUUGUCCAAAUCCUCACUACUAAAUCCACCCCCACUGGCCUCUUCGGUUACUGGGGGAACAAAGGGGGCGUCAGCAUCUGCCUGAAGCUUUAUGGUUACUAUGUCAGCGUCAUCAACUGCCACCUGCCCCCCCACAUGGCCAACAAUGACCAGCGGCUGGAACACUUUGACCGGAUCCUGGAGAUGCAGAAUUUUGAGGGACAUGAUAUUCCCAACAUCCUGGACCAUGACCUCAUUCUCUGGUUUGGAGACAUGAAUUUUCGGAUCGAGGACUUUGGGUUGCAUUUUGUUCGGGAAUCCAUAAAAAAUCGGUGCUACAGUGGCCUAUGGGAGAAGGAUCAGUGGCAUGUGCUGAUCCCUCGAAUGGGGUGUGGUGCUGGGCCACCGGGCCGGGACUUCUGGGAGAUGGGACUCUGCCUUUCUCGACAGCUCAGCAUUGCCAAGAGACAUGACGCACUGCUCCGGGAGUUCCACGAGGGGCCCCUGCUCUUCCCACCCACCUACAAGUUCGACAAGAACUCCAACGACUAUGACACCAGUGAGAAAAAACGCAAGCCUGCCUGGACUGACCGGAUCCUGUGGAGGUUGAAGCGGCAGCCCCAGGCCAGCUCCCAUGUCCCCAGUCAGCAGGCCUACUUCUCCUUGUCUCUGAGAAGCUAUGUCAGCUACAUGGUGUACAGCAUCAGUGACCAUAAGCCUGUCACCGGCACCUUUGACUUGGAGCUGAAACCAUUGGUAUCUGCCCCCCUGAUCACCCUGUUACCCGAGGGCCUGUGGACCAUGGAGGACGACAUGUUGAUCAGCUACUCGUUGUCCGCAGACUUCCUGAGCAGCCCCUGGGACUGGAUUGGACUGUACAAGGUGGGGCUGCGCCACAUCAAUGACUACCUGUCCUAUGUCUGGGUGGGGGACAACCACGUCUCCUCCAGCAGUGGGCUGUACCAGGUAUACAUUAACAUCAGUGAUAUUCCUGAGACUGAGGAUCAGUUUCUCCUCUGUUAUUAUAGCAACAGUCAGCAUUCUGUGGUGGGGAUGAGCAAGCCUUUCAAGGUAAGCUGGUGGGAAAGGGAAGGGUAUUGUGGAGGACUGGAGCCCUUUGUCAGUUCCCCAUGGCCUCCAGACUAGGAGUCAACCCGUCCUGUGGAGUUGCAUCAGUUGAGGAAUGGGAGUGAAGGAAAGGUGUGGAGGAAAACCUGCUCUUCCCCGGCUACUCACUGCUGUUUCAUCCCUGCAGAUCCAGCCUCGUUCCUUCUUGGAAGAGGACCCACUGGGUGAAGCUCAACCACAGAUCUGAGCCGGGAUGAAACUAGAUCCAGGGUGGAGGCCAGAGCUGGCAGCCAGCUCUGCCUACCACUGCCAGAAGCACUGGGGGCCCAGCGCAGCCGCCUGAGGAGGCAGCAGGUAUCCUCCACCGCCCAGGGGGAGUUCUAGCCACACUCCUUUGCUCUCUCCAGUCCAGGUCUCUGGAAUCGGCCACUUAAAUACAGGGUUUUGUUGCUGAGAUGUAUGUGGAACAAGCUAGUUUGUUAACAGAGAAGACCUGGGGACAGUCCACCGGAUGUAGGAAGGACCCUCCAGCCAGCAUCUCAUUUCUUGAUUUUCCCCAAACACAUACUUCCCAGUCCCGCCCAAGCAGGCCUGCCAGGCACAUGCCCCAUCUGGCACAGGCCUGCAUUCUUGGCACGCCAUCCUUGACCUCCAGCUGCCUGGGACAGAGAGAUGCUCACAUUUGUACAGGCUCUACAGACUGGUUGCCACAAGCAACACUGGGUCCCAGGAGUCUUGGCAUCUUACUGCCUGUCCCCUCAGGAAUGGGCAGAGGGUCUGGGAUCCCUGUUUUCAGCAGAAGCUUGGUAUGACCAAGUGGGCAGGAUGGAGGGGCCUCUCCAGCCAGGCUCUUAAGUAGAGGCUGUGGCCAGGUUGGUGAAUGUCUUUGUGCCAGCACAGCCCUCCCUGCCCCCACGGAGUCUGACCCAGGAAGUUCUAGGACCUGAACAGAGAUUGGACCCAGGUUUGCUUCUGCUGGUGGGUCUGGCUCCAUGCUCCUAACCUGCUCUCUUGUGAAGAGGUGGCAGGAGGUAGAGGAGCUAUGGCUACAGGCGUUUCCAGGGCAGUCUGUGCCUAAUUGAGCUCAUCUGCUCCUACCCUUGCCUGCAGUCACUUGCCAGAAACCUGCCCUCUCUGUGGACUGCUCUGGGACCUAGAAGCAGGGGCAGGCAAAAAGGAAAGCCAGGAUCAAGUUGUUGUGGAGCAUCUGGUCCUCGGAGUCUACAGAGAGCAUUCUCCAGGUGCUGUGUGGUCAUGGCCUGGCCCUCCCACUCUUGCCUCCAGCCACUGGUGACUCAAUGGCACGUCUCCGAGAAGACCCUCAGGGAGCCUGCUCCGUGACUGCCAUGCCUAUCCUGCUACCUGAGACUGAUGGACCCUCCAGUGGCCCUACGUUCCAGACUCCACCCUGGGAGCCAUGUGUCCUAUCACAGACUGUCCUCCUGGCUCUGGCCGGCCAAAGCUGUGUUCAUUGUUUUCUGUGUUGGAGGAUAAUUAGAAGCAAGGCUUUCAUA